AUGAAUUUCUUGUCUGGAGCUGCUGACCUGAUCAAACCAAGAAUUGAUGACAUGGGUGCUGAUCGAAUGAAUUAUUGCUAUACAACAAUUAUUAUUGCUCUUUUUUCAAUGGGACUCACUGCUCGACAAUAUGUUGGAACUCCGCUUCAAUGCUGGGUUCCACAACAGUUCUCUGAUGCUUGGGAACAAUAUGCAGAAAAUUACUGUUUUGUUUAUAAUACUUAUUGGGUAAACCCGGACAGUCAAAUCCCGGGAAAUGUACAAGAUCGCAUAGCGUCUCAACUGAUCUAUUAUCAAUGGGCUCCAUUUAUUAUGGGACUUGAAGCAUUCUUUUUCUUCUCACUAGGAAAGGUUUGGGGAAUAUUAAACCGUCGUUCCGGGCUUAAUAUUGAAAGUCUGGUAAAGACAGCACAAAACGCUGAUGAAGCUGACAAAACAGAAAGAGACAAAGGAAUUGCAAUCAUUUGCCUUCAUCUCGAAGACUCGAUAAAGCUACAGAGAGCUCGAGGAGAACAAGCCUCUUUCAUUAAACAUCUUGUCAAGCUAGGAAAACUUGAUGGAACUUAUUUAGCCAACAUCUACUUGUUCACCAAAUUAUUGUACUUGUUCAAUUUGAUUGCUCAAUUUUUGGCAAUGAAUCAAUUCCUUGGGCAACGCAAUCAUUUGUGGGGAGCUAGCAUUCUUUCUGAUAUCAUUAGUGGAUCGAAUUGGGAAGAUACUGGAAAUUUCCCUAGGAUUGCCAUGUGUGAUUUUGAGGUGAGAGUGUUCGGCGGUUUUCAUCGUUACUCUGUUCAAUGUAUGCUCGUUUUAAACAUGUUCAACGAGAAGAUUUUCUUGUUUCUUUUUUGGUGGUUUGUUGCAGUGUUUUUCUAUACUGUUCUGGAUACAGUGCAAUUGUGUCUGAAGAAUCGACUUGGGAGAUCGAAAGUGAACUAUGUCAGAAAAUAUCUAACACUUCGAAGCACUGAUGAGCGCUUCGUUGAACAGUUUUGCAACUCCAAUUUCUCAACAGAUAUAAUGAUCAUCUUGAGAAUUAUCACAAUUCAUUCAAGUGAAUUCAUAACUCGAGAUGUUUUGUCAUCACUUUGGAAAGAGUUUCGGCAAAAAAUUCACGACGAUUUGCACGAAGACUUUUUCUCGGAUGAAACAAUGUCGCUUACAAAGUUCAAA